GCUUUUCUUCGGCAACAACAACAACGUACACCGAACAACAAAAGCAGGCUGUCAAGUCAGUCAAUGAACGGUGUGCCUCAACAAUAAUUCGUAGACCUUUCAGAAAUACAGCAUUGUUCGCUGCUAUCUUGACUUAUAUUUUAGCAGUUUCAGUGCAAGUGUGUCACCAUGGCGAGUGCAGAUAUUGAAAAUCUGAUCAAGAGUCAGGUCAUGGAAGUUGCUCGAAAUGUUGAGCAACAGCUUGACUCUGAACUUGAAAAAUUGGAAAAUAUGGAUAUGGACGACAUGGAGCGACUUCGUGGUGAUCGGAUGAAACAGCUCAAGGAACAGGCAAAGAAGCGGCAAGAAUGGCUUGCUAUGGGUCAUGGAGAGUAUACCGAGAUUCAUGAGGAAAAAGAGUUCUUUGAAAUAUCAAAGAAAUCUAAGGAUAUAGUAUGCCACUUCUACAAGGAUGGUUCUCCACGCUGUAAAAUUGUUGAUCAUCAUUUGAAGCUUCUCUGUCAAAAGCAUGUUGAGGCCCGAUUUGUUCGUCUGAAUGUGGAGAAGGCACCUUUCCUCACAGAUCGGUUGCGCAUUCGCGUGAUUCCAACAUUGGCUUUAAUUAAGGACAGCAAGACCAAGGAUUUCAUUGUUGGCUUCACCGAUCUUGGUAAUUGUGAUGAUUUUUCAACCGAAAUGCUUGAGUGGAGGAUAGCUACCGCUGGUGUCAUUGACUACAAAGGAGAUCUGCUGAACCCUCCAGAGAAGAAAAAGAAAACCAAAUCAAUCCUCAAUCAUCCGAAGAGAUCAAUCAGAGGAAGAGACUCGGACUCUGAUAUUGAUGAUGAGGAGGAUAUGUAAUUAUACCUUCUUGAAUGUUGUGAACCUGGAUGACAAUUGAAGUGUACUUCAUGAUACGAAACUGUUUCAAAUUUUUGUUUUGCGCGUUACCUCAAGAUGUGCAAGUUAAUUUUUGACCUGUCUGUGAUCAGAAAUUGACUCAUUACAGUAUUUAAGUGACUCAUUGAUUUUAAACUAUUUUAUACUGUUAUGAUCAAAUCACCAAGUGACAAUUCAAGAUGUAGACAAAUCUUCAGAUAUAUAGUUCACAAUUUUUUAGAGUUUGCACAAAUUACAGAACAUUUCAAAGCAAGAUCAUUCCGACUGCUUGUGCCUAAGAAAUUAUUGCAUGUGUGCCUUGGUUUUUAUUAUUUGUUAUAGUCUCAACUUAAACCACUGUGUUAUUAGCUGAUGUAAUAUAUUUUGUACUGCAAAGUAGCUAUUUAUGUGUGCAAUAAAACUACUGUUUCAAGUUGCUUCAA